AUGUAUGCGCUUCAUGUUAAUGUGAAGAAAGCUAACAACCUAAAAAAUGUGGAAAUAUCUGGGAAGAGUGACCCAUACGUCAUUGUUGACUUUCAAGGUAUAAAACAGAAGACAAAAGUGAAAGACGAUGAGUUGAAUCCAGUAUGGGAAGAGAUUAUAACAGUCGAUUUGAAAGGAAAACCUUUACUGCCUUCAGAUAAGGUACUUCUCAAAGUAAUGGAUUUCGACAAAGUUACACCAGACAAAUUUAUGGGACAGGCACUGAUUCCUCUACAAUGUGUGUUGUCAACAACUGCUGAGGUACCUAUCUGUGUUGCAUUACAGAACAAAAAGGGUCAAGAUACUACCUCAACGAUAGAAGUUUCAUUGCGCUAUGAAGCUCCACAAAAGUCUCUAACAGGACCAACUAGUAAUGAGAUAGAUCAAGGCGGUGAUGCGACGGAUGCUGGUGUUGGUGAUGGUGGCGAAGGAGGUGGGGGUGGUGGCGGUGGUGGCGGCGGUGGUGGUACUGGUGUCGCUGAUGGAGCAAUUGGUGACGGCAGACCAGGUGGCGUUAAGACCAAAAAGAAAUUAGGUCUGACUGGCAGUCAGGCAGUUCGGCCACAAUAUUCAACUAAGAAACAAGAUUUUCAGAUUCGUGUAAAGGUGGUUGAAGCUCGUCAACUACAAGGUGCAAAUAUUUCACCAAUCUGUAAAGUGACCUGUUGGAAAGAAAGCAAAGAUACACGUGUUCGCAAUUGUACUAAUUCACCAUUUUGGGAUCAAAUAUUCUUUUUCAAUUAUUUUAAUUCAGCUGCUGAAUUAUUAGAUCAACAACUUGUGUUCACUGUCUACGAUUCACGUCGGCUACGACGUGAUGCCUUGAUUGGUUCUUUCAGAUUUGAUUUAUCAUUAGUUUAUGAAUCUGAUCGUCAUUCAAUGAUCAAUAAAUGGUUAUUAUUAUGUAAUCCAGAUGAUCCAAUGUCUGGAGCUAGAGGUUAUUUAAAGAUAUCAGUUGUCAUCUUGGAACCUGGUGAUGAAGCACCUAGUAUGAAAGCUGUUGAAGCGGAUGAGAAAGAAGAUAUUGAAGGAAAUCUUCUACGUCCAGCUGGUGUUCAGUUAAGACCAGCAGUCUUCAAAAUUUUACUAUAUAUGGCUGAAGAUUUGCCAAGAAUGGAUUCCGAUGCAUUUAAGGGAAUUAAGAAUUUAAUCUCUAAAUCUGAUGAGGAGAAAGAAUUUGUAGACCCUUAUGCAGUGGUUUCAUUUGCUGGCAAAUCGCUGAAGUCUAGUACAAAAUACGGUACAGAUCAUCCAGAAUGGAAUGAAGAAAUCACAAUGAAUAUUCAGUUUCCAUCAAUGUGCGAGAAAUUAAAAUUCACAUUCUUUGAUUGGGAUCGUAUUGGUUAUAAUGAUCCAAUAGGAGCAGGGUCGAUUUCUAUAUCACAAAUUUCUGCUUUUCGAGAUGACACCACUGGAUUUUUACCAACAUUUGGUCCAAGUUUUGUCAAUCUAUACGGUUCCCCAAGAGAGUACAGUGACCUACCGGAUAAAUAUGAAGCAUUGAAUUUAGGCAAAGGUCAAGGUGUAGCAUAUCGUGGUCGAGUAUUAUUAGAAUUAUCAACUGAAUUAUUAGAUGAACCAACAGCUGAUAUAGUUAAACCACUGGAACCAGACACAGUGGCAAGAAUACAGAAAUCAUUACGUCGAAGAAAAUAUCAGUUGUAUGUGGCAUUUCUUUCUGCGACAAUGAUGGAAGAGAAACGUGAUGGACCGAUUGAAUUUGAAGUUAGCAUUGGUAAUCAUGGCAAUAAAUUGGAUGAAUCUGUUACACCGUGUGCAUCAACAACACCUCCAACAAAUCCUGUAUCAGAUGGACUACACUAUUACUAUCUACCAUGGAGUGAUGAUAAACCUUGUACAAUGGUUGAUUCACAAUGGGAGGAUAUUUCGUUCCGUCUAGGUGCUGUUAACAUGUUGCUAAGGAUUGCUGAUCAUUUAGGAAAAGGAAUAAAUCAUAUUCUUUUGGCAAUAAAAGCAAAUCUUCCGAUUGAAACUCAAGCACAGUUGGCUAUCUCUUCACUGGAUGAAUUUAUUAUGGACUGCAAUCAUGUUCUACCUCAAUGGGAACCAGAGAAUAUCCCACAGAAUGACAUGGAUAUACAUUUACGUAAAUUACGUGAAGAUCAAUUGAAUACAUUACGUGAGCAAGCGAUAAAUACACGAGAAACUGUUUCUGAAAUUGAAGAUGCAUUGAAAGAAUUAAAAUCAUAUCGAGAAACUAUUCUUAAUCUAGCUGUUGAACCUCAAAUGAGUAUACCAGAUAUUAUAAUAUGGAUGUUAUGCGGAGGUAAACGAACUGCCUAUCAUAGAAUGCCAGCACAUGAGGUACUCUAUCAUUCCAAUCUUGAUUAUCGAGGCAUGCGAUGUGGUACACCUCAAACAAUCAAUUUAAAAAAACCCACCUUGCUUAAAGAUGAAGCUAAGCCUGAAUGGAAAAUUCCAGCUCAAUUACGUAUUGUUGUAUGGUUCGGAUUAGAGAAGGAUCGUUCAGCAUGGACGGAAUCACAUACUGAGGCGAAACUUCAAGUUGUUGCAGAAACGUAUGAAAAUCAAGCGUCAAUUGUUGGCAGUUGGGUAACUAAAAGACCUCCAUUAACUCGUCCACCAUGGUCAGAUAAUACCGGCCGUAUUGAAUUGACAAAAGAAUCAAUACAAUUGCCAAAUGGUUGGCAAUGGGUAGGCGAUUGGUAUGUUAGUCCAGAACUUUCAUUAUUAUUUAAGAAGGAUGCAGGAAAGACAAGUUUUGUUGAAGAAUUAUUCUAUAAUGAAUUUCGUACACCGACAAGUCCAUGGAAGGUUGCUGAUCCAGCAUAUACAGAUGCACAAGGUGAACCGAAAGGUGAACCACGUACGGUAAGCUUACCAAAUGGUUGGACAUGGGGUGAUGAUUGGCGAAUUGACUAUAAUCGUCCAUGUGAUGAAGAUGGUUUUGAGUACACUGUUGAAGCGUCAACUGGUGGUUAUGUUGCAUCUGAAAAACUUUAUCAUAUGUUCCGCAGACGACGAUUGAUACGUACACGUCUACUUGGUGAAGUCGGAGUGCCAGUGAAACAAGAAGUCUUAAGACAAGUGAUAGCCCAAGAUCAACAAUCACGUCUAUCCUUAUUAUUAAGUACGGAACCAGCUGAAGCAUGGGAGUAUGCAUUCAAUUUUGAUUCAAAAUUUCAUACAAAUGAACGUAAAAUGGAUAUGGUUCGACGUAGACGUUGGCAUCGUGCUUUAGCACCGGUACAAUCAACUACAGAGACUACUUCAUGUGUCCUACAAAUAAGAAACAAUUCAAAACAGGCGGAGAGUAGUUUCAAGCUGAAGAAAAAAGAAAAUCUCACUGUUCCAAGGAUAUUUAUGCGUUUUCAAACACGUAGUCUACUAGCUGCUGAUCAGUCUGGCCUAUCAGAUCCAUUUGUUCGAUGUUCAUUUCAAGGUUAUAGUCAAGAAACACAAAUUAUUCAACAAACAUUAUGUCCAACAUGGGAUGAAACAUUGAUUUUUGAACAUAUUGAAAUGUGUGGUGAUCCAAAAAGCAUACUAAAUGAUCCACCACCAGUUACCAUUGAAUUAUUUGAUUAUGAUCAGUUGAGUUCAGAUCAUUUUCUAGGAAGAUUACAGAUCACACCAUCUGUUCGUUUAGACACAGAAACAACAUGGGCAAAUGUGCUUCAGUGGUAUACAGUUGAGAAACAACGUAAAAAAGGCGGAGAAAUACUGGCAACAUUCGAAUUGAUUUUGCUUGAUGGUAAGACUCCACCACCACCACCUACACGUCGAGGUACACUAUUCAAUGUACCUGAAGGUAUACGUCCAGUACUUCAACGUACUAGAAUAGAAAUUCUAUGCUGGGGUGUUCGAUCAAUGCGUAAAUAUAAACUGGCUAGUGUCAAUUCACCAUCAGUUGAAUUUGAGAUUGGUGGAAAGUUGUUGAAUCGACAAUUAUUAAAAAUGUGA